UAUUCAGCCAAUAUUAAACCGGCACACGAGCAGAUGCAGUGUGCAUGGUGGCCUGUGUGCCUGCGUGCCUGACAGCUGCCUGCCUUAUCGGGAUCGCCAUUAGAUAAGCGGGCUCCACUGUCCCGCAUUCCUGCUUCAUCAUCCCUACUUCUCUUGCAUAUCUCUCUCUACUCACUUCUUCAUUGUAAUUCUCCUUGUCCGAGCUGGUACUUCCUCAAUCGUCUCUAUCCUUAAUUGAAUCUACUCCAUAUAAAUUAGGGAUAUUUCAAGAAAACCAUGGCAUCCGCUCCAAGAGGUCGUCUCCAAGGCAAGAAUGCCAUCAUUACCGGUGCAGCUGGCGGCAUCGGCCUCGAAACCAGCAUCCUCUUCGCCCGCGAAGGCGCCAACAUCCUAAUGGCCGACAUCUCCGCCCCCGCCCUCGAGAAAGCCCUCGCCAAAGUCAAAGAAGUCGUUCCCACCGCUUCCCGCGUCGAGACCAUCAAAUGCGACGUCUCCAAGGAAUCCGACGUACAAGCCAUGGUCGAGUCCCAGGAUAGCUGGGGCGGCACCGACGUCAUCUUCAACAACGCGGGCAUCAUGCACGCCGACGAUGCCGACGCCGUGGACACCCCGGAGAAGAUCUGGGAUCUGACGCAUGACAUCAACGUCAAGGGUGUGUGGUUUGGAUGUAAGCAUGCUGUGCUGAGUCUGCGUCGUCACAAGAAGACCAAGGGCAGCAUCAUCAACACGGCGAGUGUGGUCGCCUUGGUAGGAAGUGCUACGCCGCAGUUGGCGUACACGGCUAGUAAGGGUGCUGUGUUGGCGUUGACGCGCGAAUUGGCUAUUGUGCAUGCGAGGGAGGGAUUCCGGUUCAAUGCGCUGUGUCCGGCGCCGUUGAAUACUCCCCUUUUGCAAGAUUGGCUGGGUGACGACAAGCCCAAGCGCUUCCGGCGGGAGGUGCACUUCCCUACUGGUCGGUUCGGAGAGGCUAUUGAGCAGGCUCAUGCCGUGGUGUUUUUGGCUAGUGACGAGAGCAGUUUCGUCAAUGGUAGUGACUUUGUUGUGGAUGGUGGAAUGUCCAAGGCGUAUGUUACUCCAGAGGGACCGGCCACUGCUGCUCCUCAGAAUCUGGGGCAUUAGUAUAGCCAUCCUACGAUAUAUGAAUUGAAUGAUCUUUGAAAUCCGGCUUUAAAAACCAGUACUACACUCUCAAUCACAACAAUCAAUCUAUGUAAAUCAAUUCAUCUCUAAUAAUCUAUCAAACAAGUCUAUAAC